CCUGUCUUCCCUCCAAGCCUCCUCACAGCUCCUGUCAUUGGCUUCUCGUUUUUGGCCCUCAGCAAACCCUCCCAAGUUUGGGGCACCGUCUGCCCUAACCAGUUAUUUUAGGCCUCGUUCCUGCUCCGAGCCUUCUGACUGGUGGUCUCCCGUCUUUGUCUUUCUCUUUCCUUAGUUCUCAUUUUCUGCCCAGCCUUUCCCUCGCUAUUCUCCCCAGGCUCCUGGCUUGAGUCUGGAGGCUCAGAUCCGCUAAUAGUCAUUUAGCUGCAGGGUCUCAGUUUUCACAUCUGAAAUGGGAAUAUUAUUAUCUCCUGUAUGGGAUUUUGCGGAGUGGAGGAGAUAAGAGGGCGCAGGCGCCGUGUAGAUCAUACAUCGCCUCAGGAAAGUUCUCGGCCGGCGGCUCAGCUCCACUCCCUUUUAUUCUCUUCCGCCCUUUCCAGUCCGGGACCAUUGUGGAAUUAAGAGAUUUUUUUGAAUUGAAUGUUAGGGCAUCUCCCCAAUCGAGUGCAGAGCUGUUGGUUGUUCCCGCCUUCCACGACUAAACGAGCCAAUCAGAUCGCUGGGAGGUUGGCGAGGUACCGCCCCUUGGCGCCCACCUUUAAUAGAACUUGAACUUUUCGCCGUCCCUGCAACCAGCCUCGUCUUGCCCCGCAUCCCAGCUUCAGGCCCCAGGAGGGUGCUUCCUUUUCCUCGUCCCUGUUCCCCAAAUCCUGGUAUCAAACGGGUUGGACGGCGGCAACCGGAAGUGUGCACCAACGUGUCGGGUCCCCCUCGAAAAGACACCGGAAGUAAUCGUUGGUAGAGAAGGAUUCCGCCAGCCUCGCCAUGGCGGCGAUUCCCCCAGACUCCUGGCAGCCGCCCAACGUUUACUUGGAGACCAGCAUGGGCAUCAUUGUGCUGGAGCUGUACUGGAAGCAUGCUCCAAAGACCUGCAAGAACUUUGCUGAGUUGGCUCGCCGAGGUUACUACAAUGGCACCAAGUUUCACAGAAUCAUCAAAGACUUCAUGAUCCAGGGGGGUGACCCAACGGGCACAGGUCGAGGUGGUGCAUCCAUCUAUGGCAAACAGUUUGAAGACGAACUUCAUCCAGACUUGAAAUUCACUGGGGCUGGAAUUCUCGCAAUGGCCAACGCAGGGCCAGACACCAACGGCAGCCAGUUCUUUGUGACCCUCGCACCGACCCAGUGGCUUGACGGCAAGCACACCAUUUUUGGCCGAGUGUGCCAGGGUAUAGGAAUGGUGAAUCGAGUGGGAAUGGUGGAAACCAACUCCCAAGACCGCCCUGUGGACGAUGUGAAGAUCAUUAAGGCAUACCCUUCUGGGUAGACCUCGUGGGCACACCCAGGUCUUCGGCCAGCCAGCUUCCACGUGACCUAGAAUGACAUGUAACUCUACAGCUCGUUUUGGCCUGGCAUAUCAUGGAGUUAGGGAAGCCUGGGCAGAAGUGCACCCUGACAGGAUGUGCUCACUGGGCGUGACCAUCCUUCUCCUCGUGUGUGUCUGCUGCAGCCCACUUAGGACAGAAUGAAGCAGACCCACUUCUGAGUGCCGGACCAAACUUCUUCCUGGGAGAUUCAUAUUCCGGCCCACACUGCAGUCGUUUAGUGGCUGACAGCCACAGAAUUCAAAACCAAGUCGUGCCUCUGUGUAUGCCCCCUUUCAGUCCCCUGCAUUUGUAGGGAAUGUAUGCAUCUCUCUCUCUGUUUUCCCUCUCAAAACCAGAAAUCAGCACUGCUGUUCCUGACACUUAGACAUCCCACGCAAAGCCACAUUGAAUUUUUGCCAAGUGCAAAAUGCAUCCAACAAUCAAGUUUUUAAGGAGGUGUCAAGUGAGGAAUGAUAAUGUGUAAUCAAGAAGUGAACUUAUUUAAAGGAAGCAGAAGCAUUGACCAUUUUUUCCCUAGGAAGGAGUAGACAUCUGUAGUGAAUACAAGGAUAGAUUGAAAAAAAAAAAGCAGUUCUGUGGUAAAGAAUCUUCCAUUAAGUUUUUUUUUUUUUUAACCUAAGACUUUAAAGAAAUCAGAUGAGAUUUUUAUACAUGAAGUUUUGUUUUCUUCAGAGUCUUUUUUGGGGCUGGCAUUGUUGUGAAAGCAGGUAAAGCCAUUGCCUGUGACACUGGCAUCCCAUAUGGGGUCCCGUUCAAGUCCCAGCUGCUCUACUUCCGAUCCAGCUCCCUGCUAGUGUGCCUGGGAGAGCCAGCAGAAGAUGGCUCAGCCCCAGCCGUUGUAGCCAUUUGGGGAGCGAACCAGCAGAUGGAAGAUCUCUCCACCUCACCCUUUGUCUCUCAGUAACUCUGCCUUUCAAAUAAAUAAAAACAAAUCUUACAAAAACUG